AGUGGCUUUAGGUGGAUUUUGCUAUAGGGACGAGCAAUGUACUGGAAGUUUUAAUGCAGACGUGUGUAAGGAUAAUAGGUGUACCUGCAAGAGUGGUUUUAUAUCAUGCAACCAAACAUGCUAUCAAGCUGCUGUUCCACUUGAUGGUCAAUGUGUGUUUGAUAUUCAGUGCAGAGAUAGAAUCUACUCAGGUGUUUGCUUGAAUUCAAGAUGUGCAUGUAAAGAGGGAUAUACUGCAAUACAAAACCGUUGUUACGCAGGAAAAGUGGCUUUAGAUGGGUUUUGUCAUAGAAGCUGGCAGUGUACCGGUAGUUUUCAUGCAGACGUGUGCAAGAAUAAUAGAUGUGUCUGCAAACAUGGAUAUUUUUUACAUAACCAAACAUGUCAUCAAGGAAACCUUAAACUUAACCAGACCUGUGAGCGACAUGAACAGUGCACUGCUGUACAAGACUUGGAAUGUCAGAAUGGAACAUGUAUGUGUCGAGAUGGGCACGUAACUGUUAAUGAGACUUACUGUAAACCAGUGGAAAUAAAUGGAAAGGAGCCAGCCAAAAUGUUUUUAAAUCAAGAACAAGCAAAUGGAAUAGGAGCUACAAUAGGAGCUGUUUUCGGGGGAUUCUUUCUAGGAGUAGUAUUAAGUGCUCUCAUUACAUACUUAAUAUCCAGAAGAUAUAUGGCCAACAUACAAAAACGUGAUGAGACAAGUAUAAAAUUUGACGGACAUAGUACCCACAUUGCACCAAUAUCUGAAAGCAACCGGACUCAGUCAGCAAAAACUACGGAACAGACUUAUCAGCGAAAGAUCGUUAAUGUUCCACCCUACUCACCUUCAAUGGAAUCCCCAAUGUACAGUAACGUUAAAGAGGCUAAAACAUCACAGAUGAAAGAAGAAGAUGUCUACAACCAUCUUCACGAAAAAGAGCAUGAGGAACCGGAGAACGUAUACAACCAUGCUUCCUGUUCCUCUGGUCUGACUACGGAAGCCGAUUACGGCCAUUUAAAUGCAGGACGAAGUAAUGAAGGAGUUGUCUUACCUGAAGACGAUGUGUAUGCUCAUACGGAAGCGGCGAAUCACGAUAACUAUUUUGUCCUUGAAAAUCAAAGUCAAAUCUGAAGCAAAAAAUUUGCAUUUUUUUUUAUAUCUUUGUGAAUUAAAAUGUUUCUUUUGACUUUGUAAUGAUUUAGAGCAGAUUUUAAUGGAUGUUUUGUACUGCCAUAAAGAAAUGUUUAUUACAUUAAAAUAUUUCAGAAGAAACUAUAAGAACAGAUUAUGAAGACCAUUUUUGUAAAUUUAAAUGUUCAUUUCAUUUUGUUUAUUCAAAUUAUUGUUAGAGAGAUGUGGUUUUAAUG